AACUUCCAAAUUAGUAAAUGUAGUCUUUAUAUCGUGGUCUUCUAUUUUGUAGAUCAUCGUUCGUCAGCCGAAAAAGGAAUUGAGCUAAUGCGUCCCUAUCUACACGAGUUUUUGACGUCUUGUUACGAACAUUACGACAUAGUCAUUUGGUGUAUGUCUUAAUAUUCUAAACUAAAACCUGUUGGCGUAAAACGACCGUAACUUACCGAAAAUAUUUUUUCAUUUAUUUUUCAGCUGCCACCAAUAUGAAAUGGGUGGAAGCAAAAAUGAAGGUAAUAUUUACUUUUGAUGUCUUUCUAGGAAAAGUGGCGUGACAUACGAGACCUAAUCUCCUGCAUGCGCAUGCGUACUUAGCGACUGAGUGAACCCGCUAAAGUCGGUAUGCGAAGCGGCCGGUUGUUUAAAGGCGGUUCGCUUGCUUUAUCGCUCUAACCAAAGAGAUAUCAGGUCUAUAUAUAAUACUCUGUUGUGAUAAUUUUACAUUUACCUUAGGAACUUUCUGUGUUGGAUAACGCCAAUUACAAGAUUAUGUUCAUGUUGGACUCUCUCGCAAUGAUAACCAUCGACCAUCCCAAAUAUGGAGUUAUCGAGGUAAAAUCAAUCCGAAAUUAUUCAAAUGUUAUAAAGUGCAACGCAUAUCUCAACCCUGUAUUAAAUUGUUUGUUUCGCAUAUACAUUUUUCUGUUGACUUAGACAAAACCACUGGGUGUUAUAUGGGGGAAAUAUCCUGAAAACUACAGCAAAGAAAACAGUAUUAUAAUCGAUGAUCUACGGCGAAAUUUCAUCAUGAAUCCUGGAAAUGGCUUGAAGGUAUGGCACUGCACGAAAGAUUGAUUCCUUUAAGGCUCGAUCAAACGAGACGAACAUUCGGGCAGGCUGAAAUGUUUGCUUCACCGCGGUGGGAAUCGAACCACCGAAUGCAACUAGUGAGCUCCAUAAAUAUCUGGAGCGAGAAAUCGAGUCCAAAAAGUAAAGUCAGCUUCGUGUUAACCGCGCAGACAAAAACAAUAGAAAGGGACUGGAACUGACGUCCAACAGCUCCUUCAAUUUCCGCCAUCGUGGCAAGGAGUGUGCCGAAAUAUCGUAUUUUGACAUCGAUUUAAGGAAUAACACUCAGGAUUCGAAAUAGCUGCCGGCUUCCGGCGAUAGCCGGCAGUUUAGGACCUUACCGGCGAUUUUUAAUUUCAAAGCAUAUAGAGGAUCGGCGAAAAUAUUAUAUUUAUUCAUCGAUGACUCGCUUACAAUAACACCGUACAUAUACACAGAACUUGUCAAUGUUUGUUCCUACACCAAAUAAAAUGUAUUACUGCAUUCUUAGAAAUGUUGUGUUGGUCACUAUUAUUUGGCCUAUGCCCACUCCAGAACAUAACUAAACUUCGCUUGGAAAACAGCCGGCAAAAAGUUUCACCUACGAAAAACAGCCUACAAAAUUUGACAUAUUUUCGGAACGUUAUUUCGAACCCUGACACUAUGGUUUUAUGAACUAAUAAUUUGGCUAGCAAUACGGUCCGUUAGAAUAAAACUGGAAUUAGCUGGGGAAAAUGGUAUAAAAACUGUUUACGACCUUCAGAGCUAUUGGACGUCAAUGACUGCCAUCUUGGCUUCACUUUCUCAUAGUCCGAAUGACUGAAGUUUUUGCUCCAUAUAUAAUAUAUAUGGAGCUCACUGGAUGUAACAUGUUCACCUCGUUUCAACACUAUGUUGGGUAAUGUUGCCUGAUAUUGGAAGAUAUUCAUCCAACAUUGUCCUCCUUUGUUGGACCAAAAAGGUUGGAUUGAACGGGGAUUUAAGCUUCGAAAUGCUAGACAAGUGAAACAACGAGUGUCUGGGUGCAGGGCAUGGAGAUUUUCAAAACAAUGAAAAGAUGCAUCUAAAUUAAGUUUUGAUGCUUGUGAUGUUACUCUGAGUGUGUAUCCACACCGGGCAAGCUUGAAAAAUAUGCCUGACCACGGUGGGAAUCGAACCUACGACCUUUGGAAUACUAGCUCAAUGCUCUGUAAAUUAAGUUUUGUUUCCAAUAGAUCCGACCAUUCCGUGAAGCUCAUCUAAACAGAGGAACGGAUACGGAACUUAAGGGACUAACGAAAUACCUUAAAGAAAUCGCGGAUUUGAAGGACUUUGAUGAACUAAAUCACGAUAGAUGGGAGAAAUAUAAACGAGAGGAAAAACAGACUGACAGUUGAUGCUAAAAUGGGGUAUAAAAUUGUAUUUUUUAUACUUACACAAAGAAAAGAAUAGCUUUUGAAAAUGGUCAUAUGAGGGUACAAUGUACCCGACUUUGUUUUGCGCAACUUUGCCUCGCCAUAAAAGUUAGCAAAAAGACAUACCGAACCCGUUUAUCAUGUCAAGUACCUCGCAGACGAAUAACAUUUGAGUUAUAUUUCCUUCAGUUCUGUUUGUUCGUAUAUAUUAUAUUAUUUUAUAUAUAACCCGCGAAUGCAAAAUAACAAAAUAUUUACUAAAUAAAAUCUUUCAAUUUUGACGAGUACUCUUAUAUAACUGUAGUUUUGUUUCAGUCAAAGCUGGUGAUGCCACCUAUUGACAGAAAUUUAUUCGACUUGUUCGUGUGUUCAGACCAGUGGUUCAGACAUGACAAAAAAUUAUUCUGACUGUACAGGUUUUUAAUCGUCUGGACGGGGCUUUCUCAUAAAUAUUUCUUUCCUGCACCAAAUUCCGCUUUUCAUGUACCGAUAGAUUUAUGUUGCUUUAUAAUAAAUUUUAAAAGAUCUGUCGCUAUCAUGUUUAUGUUAUUUACCGCAAUUACUUCCUCAUUUUUCGUUUUUUCCUGUUGAAUUCGUUCGCCUCAGCCUGUUGGUUCGAUAACAUUGCUUGAAUUUCUUUCGUCUUCUGUGCUCGCUCCGCAUCCCUGGGAAA